AUGCAAAGAAACACCAAGAAAUAUUUCAUGGACGGUCUGAUUCAGUUUACGAUUUUUCUGAGUUUGAUAGGAGUUCGCGUGGACAUCGAUUCCUAUCUAAACGGCCACAACUCGCCGUUGAUAGAGAUCGACGGAGGCCCGAGCUCGGCUUUCAUACAGACCCCGUUUCACCAUUUCCGCGACACUGCAGCAGGUUACCAUGUGCACCCUAAAUGUCCAGAGCUGGAGGAUUACUUCACGAGUCGCCGGCUGCUAAGCGAAGUGCGCGCUCUCGGUUCACCCAUUCGGUUCCCCACUCGACUCAGCGCAUGGUUGGUACAACUGGUACCGAAUGGAGCCGAACCGGAGCAGGAGCACCUUAGUACCAGUACCGAAAUAGCAGGCCAGGGCGAGCCCAGUCAAGAAAACCGUCAGGAUGAAAUCGAAAGCAAUGCUGCGGUUUCAAUCCAAGCAGAAGAGGAAGGUGUAAAAGAUGAGGAAGGUGUAAAAGAUGAGGAAGAUGAAAUAACUGUUGAUUCCCUAAACCAGCUGACUCAAAGUUCAACAUUGGAGCAAGAGGUUCAGUUUGGUAACAGUAUUCUGCCUCCCCCUUUGUCUGGACAUGAACUUCACUCUCCAUGGAUAGACCUUCUGUCAGAUUUUGAUGAUUUUGACUCUUUGGUCUCUCAGCACAUGUCUGAACUGGAUGCGGACCUUCAAAACCCAAUCGGUUUUAAUGCCAGCCUUCAAGAUGCCAUGGUUAACAGUGGUGGGGGUUAUAGACCAGAUCCACCCAGAGGUGGAACACAGAACGCACCACACCAAGAUGCAACUCUCUUCCACCUGGAAUCUACUAACUCAUCUAAUUCAGACUUGCCUAGAGCAGGGCCUGGUGCAAUGCUUCCCUUCUCUUUGACUAGCAGCUCUUAUAAUGGAACCUCACAAUCCAGAGUGGGUGGCUUUUUGGAUGAAGCUGUGUUUGAGCAGAUAAAUCUUUUGGGUCUGGAGGGCCUGGCCAGUGAGGACUCUCAACUGCUAAACCAACUGGAAGGUAGCAUUGAUUCUCCGUGGUUGGAGGGUUUGGACUCUGACUCUGGCCUGUCAUUGGAGAGCUGUUCCAGAAGCCCUGCCUCAAGAUCCACCUCAUCCUCAGAAUCAUUUUGUGAAGAUGAGGGAGGAGCCAUGGGCUGCAGCAGUGAAGUGGAGUCUCUCUCUAAUAAGAGUGGGGCCUGUGCAUCAGCAUGCUACAGUUGGCCAAACCUUAAUGAGAACAUCUGGCACGAUCACACCUAUUCUGCACAGCCACCUGAAGAGACAACCACAUGGAGAUGGACCCCACAUCUUAAAGGAAUCAAGCAAGAAGUAAUGAGUGAGGAUGAAUCUGGGUCUGAGGAGCCAAGCCGGGAUGAACGACGUCUGCAGGCUCUGGGUCUUCCAUUUUCUGCCCCUGAAAUUGUUAACAUGCCAGUGGAGGAUUUCCUGGAGCUGCUGGAAAGUCAUGGCUUGUCUGUGGCAGAAGUAUCACUGCUGAGGGAUGUGCGCAGACGUGGAAAGAACAAACUAGCGGCACAGAACUGCAGGAAAAGAAAGAUGCAUGCAAUCUUGGGCCUGCAGGCAGAAGUAGAAGGACUAGCUGCUCAGCGAGACUCUCUCCUACGUGAGAGGACACGCACUGCCAAGGUUCUGUCGGCCACGGCUGAGCGUUUUGAAGCACUCUCGAAUGAGAUUCUAAGGCAGCUGAGGGAUGAAAAUGGCCAGCCCCUCAGUCCAGAGCAAUACACGCUCCACAGCAGUGCAAAUGGUCGCAUAGUGGUCCGACCUCGCACAAAUACAGUAAGAAUGAGCACAACAGGGGGUAAGGCAGCAAAAAGGAAGAAGGAAAAAAAGCCCUAAGAGACUAUUCUUAUUUACAGUGUGCAUUUAAAGUGUGUAUGUGUUUUCUAAAGGGCUACUUCAACUAGGACUACUGAACUGCCAUGGAAUAUUUCCAUAUUUUUUCUAUAUCUAUGAUCUGUUCCAGACAGAAAGACU